AUGACUAAUAAUUUUGUUCAACUUGCAAUUCCUAAGUUUGAUGGAUAUUAUGAUCAUUGGUCUAUGCUUAUGGAAAAUUUCCUACGCUCAAAAGAAUAUUGGAGUUUGGUGGAAACUAGAAUUCCUGUCGCAGUAGAAGGAGUGGAGCUUACUGAAGCACAAGGAAAAUUAUUUGCAGACCAGAAGCUAAAAGAUUUGAAGGUCAAGAAUUAUUUAUUUCAAGCCAUUGAUCGAAAUAUUAUGGAAACAAUUCUCAACAAAGACACUGCCAAACACAUUUGGGACUCUAUGAAGCAGAAGUAUCAAGGUUCCACAAGAGUUAAAAGGGCACAACUCCAAGCCCUUAGGAAGGAGUUUAAGAUUCUACAUAUACAAGAAGGUGAGAGUGUUGAUGCAUACUUCGCUCGAACUCUUACUAUAGCAAACAAGAUGAAGAUUCAUGGUGAAAACAUGCAGCAAGUGGUGAUUAUUGAAAAGAUCUUACGAUCAAUGACCUCUAGGUUCGAUUAUAUUGUUUGUUCCAUUGAAGAGUCUAAUAACAUAGACAUCUUAAGUCUUGAUGAGUUACAAAGCAGCUUAUUGGUCCAUGAGCAGAGGAUGAAUAGACAUGGAAGCGAUGAGCAAGCAUUAAAGGUGACCUACGAUAAGAUUGGUGAAGAUGCAGGGAGAGGGAGAGGUAGAGGAAGAGGCAGAGGGAGAGAGCUAGAAGAGAAAGAAGAAUUAUUGCUGAUGUCAUAUGUCAAGCUUGAUCAAGCAAUGCGAGAAGAUGUUUGGUUCCUUGACUCGGGGUGUUCUAAUCAUAUAUGUGCACACAAGGAGUGGUUCUCGUAUCUUGAUGAAGAAUUUCGGACUUCUGUGAAGCUCGGGAAUAAUUUCACAAUGACUGUAAUGGGAAAGGGUAACAUCAGGCUGCAAAUUGUUGGAGCUACUCAGAUAGGGGCAUCUAAGUUUCAAGGGUUUGAGAACGUUGCAAUACAAGCAAAUGGUGAGAGGGUUGCCACAAUUGAAGGAAUCAUCCAAAAUUUGCACUGA